AUGAAUUCCUACCGUAAAACCUCCACCAUAGUGAAAUGUUUGAAAAUCCCAUAUCUUGCCAAGGCAUGCAUUUCACGAAAGAACUAUCAAUUUCCGGAAGUGGCAGAACGUGAUUUAGAAGAGCAGUUCGUUUCUGGCAGUGGCCCUGGCGGCCAGAAGGUUAACACGAGUCAGAACUGUGUCGUUCUAAAACAUCUUCCUACUGGUAUCGUCGUGAAGGUCCACGAGAGCCGAAAUCUUGAGGCAAACCGAAAAAUUGCUCGUCAUAGACUGACAGAGCGAUUGGACCAUCAUUUCAAUGGUGACCAGUGUUUUGCGGCUAUAAAGAAAAAGGAGCAGUUACAAAAAUUGCUGAAGGCGAAAGCGAAGGCAGAAAAAAUCAGAGAAAAAAGAGCUGCGUUUAAGGAGAGUGUGAAACUAUGGCAGCUGAAGGAAGAAUCUGAUGAACAGUAA